AUGCAUUCAUACUCUUAUCAUCUAAAAAUAGAGCUCUACCCAAGGCCCCUAUCGACUGCCCCCACGGUUAGCGACAAUAUUGGCGGGACGACGGCGGCCAGCAUCUGGCAGCGAACUCCAGAAAGUACAAUCUUCGACAUCCUCCCCUCCCACCCGCGAAGAGACGACGACGGCCCAACCUCGACCCCUUCUACGAAGCGAGACAAACAGAAGGGCAUAUCCCGCCUUGAAGAAUACCUUCCUGCCGAGGACCGCCGGCUCCUGCACCACAACUUGGCGAGAGUGAUCGACUGCGGUGCCUCGAGGUCGUCACCCGUGGACGAGGGCCAAGAAGGCGACAGCAGCAACAACGAGUUUGUGAAUACGGGCAAGAGGAGGGAACGGUCCAAGAGCUUUCCGGCUCCAGGCUUCCGUGCCGGUAUAGGACCUCGGACGGCAGCCAGGGACUGGCGUUUCGGGCCUAUCCGGAUCGAGAGCUUCGACGUUCACGACGGCCAGAUGGCAGACAGUCACCAACCCAGCCCAGCAGCCUCGCUGGGUCCCAACCUGGGCGGGCCGGGGACGGAGACAAAAGCCCGGUUCAUGCCAUUAGAAUGCAAGAAUACCGAGGCAGGAUGGGGCAUCGUGCAUCUCUACCGCGAGGCACACGGCCUCGAGCCCGCCGCAGAUGCGGCAGGCGAGGGUUUGGACGGCGAGGAUGGCACGAUCCUGUGCAUACCUGCCGUGCCGAGUUACCUUUCCCCAGUCGGCUUCCUGAACUUUGUGGGACAGAGAUGGUUGAGCGAUGUGGCACACUACAGGAUGCUGAUGACGAGCACCCUGGGCACCUACAUGGUGCUGAUGAAGUUUCGCGACCGCAAGGCAGCCGAGGCAUGGAGGAACGAGUUUGACGGCAAGGCUUUCGGUCCUCUGCGGGACGAGGCCGUUUGUCACGUCACAUUUAUCAAGUCCAUCACCAUCGAGACGCCCUCCCAUGGUCCAAUCGCCAGUUCUUUCUCGAGAAAGACCUCCGCCGUCGGGCAGAUCAACUCGCUGAAGCCCUUCCCACCACCGACGCCGGACCUCGUCGAGCUGCCCACAUGCACGGUGUGCCUCGAGCGCAUGGACGAGACGUCUGGCCUCAUCACCAUCCCCUGCCAGCACGUCUUCCACUGUACAUGCUUGCAGUCUUGGAGGGGCUCUGGCUGCCCCGUGUGCCGUGCGACGAACCCAGCCCCGAUCGCUGCGGAUGCGAACGACCCAUACUCGCACCCUUUCGGCCAGGGCAUCUCCAACAUAUGUGGGAGGUGUGACACGACGGACGACCUCUGGAUCUGCCUCAUCUGCGGGAACGUGGGCUGCGGGCGCUACAAGGGGGCACAUGCCAAGGAGCACUGGAAAGAGACGGCACACUGCUUCAGCCUGGAGCUGGAAACGCAGCACGUCUGGGACUACGCAGGCGACAUGUGGGUGCAUCGGCUGAUCCGCGAGAAGGGCGAGGGCAAGGUGGUCGAGUUCCCCAGCACGCACAUGGCGGGGCGCAACGGCCAGGCGGGGAAUGGGCAGGGCGGGCCGGACGCGGAUGUGGUGCCCCGCGCAAAGCUGGACAACAUCGGCAUGGAGUACACGCAUCUCCUCACGAGCCAGCUGGAAAGCCAGCGGGUAUACUUUGAGGAGAUCUUCAGCAAAGCGGCCGACAAGGCGGCCAAGGCAGCAGCAGCAGCAGAAGCGGCGUCCUCGCAGGCGGCCGAGGCGAUGAGCAAGCUGCGCGUGCUGGAGGCGGACCACCAGGCCCUCCGGGACGGGACGAUCCCACAGCUGGAACGGGACCUCGAGCGGGAGCGCAGGCGCGCAGACAAGUCGACGGAGCUGGCACGGAAGCUGGGGCAGUCGCUGCAGGAGGAGAAGCAGCUCAACAAGGGCCUGCUGGAGAAGGUGACGCACGUCAACAAGGAGGUGGACAGGCUCAAGGCGCAGGCAGAGACACUGCAGGCGGAGGUGGCCGAGCAGAAGGACAUCAACCACGACCUGACCAUGUUCAUCUCGGGCCAGGAGAAGCUCAAGGAGAUGGAGGAGGAGGGCAAGGUGACGCAGGAGGAACUCGACGGUGGCGAGACCAGCGUGCCAGAGAAGAAAGGCAAA